AUGGCCCAUCGUGGACGCGGUCGAGGCGGAUCAAAUCCCAAUUUUCAUCCCCGUGGCGGUGGAGGAGGAGAAAGACAGCAGACCUUCGGAGCACAGCGCGAUUUUCGCGCCGAUCCAAAUUACAAACAUGGCGAAUUCGCCAACAAGUUACAGAGGCCACCGAUUCAAUGUCUCUAUGUUCCCGAUGAUUUAAUGACAGAAGAAGAUUUGCGCAAGAUAAAGGAGCAAGCAGAUGCGCACGCGGCUUGGCGAAAACAGGAAGGAAUUGAGUUUCGAUUCGCAGAAGAGCAGCAUCUCUGGGUGCAGAAAGAUCAAAAGACCGAGUCUGAAGAGGCAAAACGGAAGAAAGCAGAGAUAAAAGCAGCGAAUAUCGCGCGUCAAGAAGCAAGAAGCCACCCAAAAGUGCAAGGACCAUCGAUCGGUCGAGGACAGAUGCUUCAGCAAGUUCGCCAGAGAAACAAUCCACUGGACAAUCUUGGCGUCCGACAGGCUCCAGCUCCUCAGCCGGAGAAAAAAGAGGAAGAACAAGCUUGGAAUCUGGAAAAUCACGUUCCACAAGGAGCAGCGCCGCGGAACGAAAUGCAAGAGCCGCCCGCUGCUGCUGUCGGCCGUGGUCGUGGACGAGGACGUCGUCAAAUCAUGAAUUGA